GUUUCGGGGAGGCUGACCCUUUGCGGAGGGACACGCAAGGGUGUCGCCCAACUUACGCAAAACCAGCUAAGUUCAUGACAGAGGAGCAUAACUAGUAGAGAGCGAGCGAGCGAUGGUGGAGCCCAAGAAGUAGUCUAUUGCCAUUCUCCAUGCCUAGUUCACUACCAAUUGGGGCAGAGACAGUAAGGCCUCAUGGCGGGGUGAAGGUGGCCACCUAGAUGCAGCAUGAUGAAAGUAGCAAGGUGGAGGCGGCCACGAAGGGACAAAAACGAUGAGUGGCAAGCGAUAGAUGAUGAUGAGGGAUAUUUAUGGGAUUAGAAAAAAGAUACCAUCCAAAUAAAAAGUACCUAUCGGGAAAAGCACAUAAGGAGAAGCACAUAAGGAGAAGCUUUUAUAGAAAACUGUCCUAAAAGCAAUAUAUACUUUUUCUAGAAAUAUAGACGAUUGGAAGUUUAACUCCUAUGGAAAUACUAUAUGCAGCUUCUUAUAAUUUAAUUAAUUAAUUUAUUCUACUAGAUGUAUUUAGGUCUUGAAUACAUCUCCCCAAGACACUCAUCCGAGUUACCUAGUGGUGCCUGAGUAUGAUACCCCAUCUCUGGGCCCCACAGUGUAUUUUUAUGAAAUAAUCACGUAGGACAAGAGGGAUUUUGGACAAGAUCUAAGGCAUGUGUGUUUGAAUUUAUCAGGAUAUAAGAAAGAGAAAGCCAAUAGAUGUCAACUCUGCUACUCCGUUUCGUCAGCUUCUUCUCCUCCCUCCUCUGUCUCCUCCAUUCCCAUCUUCUCCAUUGACGGGCCAUUCGAGCCUCUACAUUCUUGAUCAGAUCCGUUUGCCUCAUCAUCUUCGGGCCGUAUGCAACGAUGAUGUUGAUUAAUUGUUCCCACUGCCACACCCUGCUACAGCUCCCAUCGGGGGUGUCGUCCAUGCGAUGCACCAUCUGCAAGUCCAUCACUUACGUUUCUGAUUUUUGGGGUGUCCCCAUGCCUCUGGGGGCUUCUCAUUCCGUCCCACACCCGUCACCAUCUUGGGGGCUAGCGUUGCCGCCGAUGCCGGGUGGUGGUGGGCGAAAGAAAGCGGUGAUUUGUGGGGUCACGUAUCGGAACACACGAAAUGAGCUUAUGGGGAGUAUAAAUGGUGCCAAGUGCAUGAAGUACCUCCUCAUCAAUCGCUUCAGCUUCCCGGAAUCCAACAUCAUCAUGCUAACAGAGGACGAAAGAGAUCCAUACAAGAUACCAACCAAACAUAAUAUAAGAAUGGCAAUGUAUUGGCUUGUACAAGGUUGUCAACCAGGUGACUCUUUGGUAUUCUUCUACUCUGGCCAUGGUUCACAACGAAGAGACUACAGCGGGGAAGAAGCAGAUGGUUAUGAUGAAACCCUUUGUCCUCUGGACUUUAGAACACAAGGAAUGAUUGUCGAUAAUGAAAUUAAUGCAACCAUGGUCAGGCCGCUUUCUCGUGGAGUUAAGCUUCUCGCUAUUAUAGAUGCUUGUCACAGUGGCACCAUGCUAGAUCUACCUUACCUUUGCAGAAUGAACAGGAGUGGGCACUAUGCAUGGGAAGAUCAUCGCCCAAGAAAUGGUGCUUGGAAAGGUACUAGUGGUGGAGAAGUCAUCGCAUUCAGUGGUUGUGAUGACAAUCAAACUUCUGUACAAACCACGGCUCUAUCAGGGAUUACCUCAACAGGUGCCAUGACUUACUGUUUCAUCCAAGCCAUUGAGCAAGGACAUGGGACAACAUACGGUAGCAUACUGAAUUCGAUGCGAUCCACCAUAAGAAAAACCAUCGAUUUAAAUUCCGGAGGCCCUGUCACUUCAUUCAUCACUAUGUUGUUGACUGGAGGUAGCAUGCCUGGCACACUGAGACAGGAGCCGCAGCUGACAUCAAACACAAUGUUCCAUGUUUAUGCAAAACCGUUUUCUCUGUAAUGUGUAUUUUCACUUUUGCACUUGAAGUGUCUUCUGUUGUCAUUGAUUAUGCACAUGUUUUACAUCUGUUUUGCUUGAUUUGACUGACGUUGAGAAACAUCUUCUGAGGGUUUAUCGAUUUAUUUGACAUUGGUGUAUAGGAUUUUUCUUCCAUCAAUAUAACAUUUCUUUCUAUAGCAUGCAUAAAAGAAGACUACUCCUAUGCAUGGACCCAUUAACAUAAUGAACUAGUAUUAUUGGUCAUCUUAUAUUGAGUUGGGUUGUAACAUGCUUUAUAAAUUCAAAACCCACUAGCAAAUGCCAGCCAGCUUUAAUAUCAUUCUUUAUGGUGGUUUGAUUGUGUGUGAUGCAAGAUACCAAAAAGGGUGUAUUCAUGAGAAAACAAGCCACUAUUAUGGAGAUUGUUAGAUGCUUACAACAAAGUUUUGAGUGCAAUAAAAGGAAUCAUAAAAAAAAAGGAGUAUUCAUGAGAAAACAAUCCACUAUCAUGGAGACUGUUAGAUGCUUAUAACAAAAUUUUGAAUGCAAUAAAAGGUAUCAUCCACUUCGACCGACAAUCUCAAUCUCACCUCAUUUUAAUGCAAAUCAAUAAGGCUCAAAUGGUUGGGAUUAGCAAACUUCUGUAUUGCUUGAUUUGACAGACAUUGAGGUACAACUUCUUAGGGUUUAUCAAUUUCUUUGACAUUGGUGUAUAGGAUUUUUCUUCCAUCAAUAUGCCAUUUCUUUCUAUAGCAUGCAUAAAAGAAGACUACACCUAUGCAUGGACCCAUUAACACAAUGAACUAGAGUUAUUGGUCAUCUCCGAUUGAGUGGGGUUAUCAUCAGAAAUUGCAUGCCAAUGUCUACAUGCUUUAUAAAUAUAAAACCCAUUAGCAAAUGUCAACUAGCUUUAAUGUCAUUAUUCAAGGGGGGUUGAUGCUGUGUGAUGCAACAUUACAAAAAGGGAGCAUUCAUGAGAAAAAAGCCACUAUUAUGGGGAUUGUUAGCUGCUUAUAACAAAAUUUUGCUUAUAAUAAAGCCACUUUAUACAUUAUACUUAAAUAAUGUAUAAAGUGUUGUUUAAAAGAAUUCACAUCGUAAAUAACAAAUUUUAGUGGGAAUAAAUGGAAGAAAAGCUUGCCUGUAGAAAUUAUGCUUUCAUUAAUUGUUGCUCUAUAAAAAGAUUUGAUGUGAUAUUUAAUGCACGAGUAAUCUUCUUUGAGGAUUUUAUUUGAGCUUGCGGGCUUGCAAGGCCAAGGUAUUUGUGCCAUUUGAUUGGGCUGCACUGGGUUGAUAAAGCACAUAUAACACUGCUAUUUACCACGAAGGGGAUUGCCAAACCUUCUACCACGCUCAUGACCUUCUUCCUCUUUGAACAAACACAAUCCUAUGCUCGGGCAAUCACAUAUAAAGGGAGUUCUGAAGCCAGAUGCAGGUCCAAUGUGCACCUAGCACUUUCAUUGAACAAAAAACAGGCACACUAAAGGUGUUGCAACAACCCUCAGACAUAUAACAUAGGUCCUAUUAUACCCGGUGAUAGUAAUUUCUGCUUAUGAAAGUACUAUCAUAAACCCGGUUUUGUAAGAUAGAAUCAGAAACAAAAAACAAAAAACACUGAUAACAGAUCAAAACUGGUUUGAUGAUAGUACUUUCUGCUUAUGAAAAACACUCAAAAACACCAAAAAGCAAUGGAAAACAAGAAUUGAAAUGACAUGUCGAAUACCUUGACUGCAUUGCUCCAUGACAUUCUCCCCCAUUUAUUUCUUCAACGCUCUCAUCAAAGCCUUCUUGUAUGUUGCAAAUUGAUUAUACUUAGCCGCAAUGUGCUUCUCAGCUUCUAUUGUUAAGUGGUUGACUUUGAUCCACCCACUUUGUUGCAACUUGUCGCCGAGGUGGUUCAGUUGGGGAAGUUGGCUGGGUUGGAACACUUUUCGCUGAAUCCUUUGGAUUUUUUAGUCAGCAAAAGAAGAACCUUCAUGCUUGCGUUCGAGUCCCCUUGAGGUGUUACCCUGCAAGAGCUUGACUGGUUGGAGUUAGCGUAAUAUUACAGAACUUGAAGCGUCUAUGCUACUCUUGUGAUGUUUGGCCCUUGCAUCUUCUAUCCCAUCACCAUCUUCUCGAAAUAGGUUCGCACUAUCUCCAUUUUUGUGGUAACUCGCCGAGAGGAUAGUGCAUGGACAUACCACCUUCAAUGUAGCCAAUAACCCAAUGGUGAGGAGUUUAUGGUUGCUGAAUUCUGAGCACUUUAAAGGGACUUCUAUUUGAUACAAAGGUCCACUAUGUAGGUGAGGAGAAUUGGGUUACUCUGAUUGGCUUCAUCUAAAUUCCUCGGGUUGUACUCCUUGCUUUGAGUUAGUUACUUGAUUUUGUCCACUUUUUGUCGUCGCAUUUCUGAGUACUAGAAGUGUUGCUCAAGCUUGAGUUAAAUUAAGAUCUCGUAGAACCUUUAUCAAACAAACUUGGCCACACCUUUAGGAUCACACAUGCUCCAUUUGCAACGAGAAUUAUGCUCUUCCCUCUACAGCAUAAGUUUGGUCAACACUCGGAAGACUCACCAUUGUGAUACCAUGCCUCAUCCUCUAAUGUUCAUGGCUUUCUAUUCGAUGCUUUCUCGACCAAGUUCUUUUUGGAUGGACUCGAGGUCCUCGCAAUGCCGUGCCUCUACUAAUCAGUUGCUUUUGCACACCUGGUGACAUAGAAAGCAUUUCUCUUUUGAUCCUUUGCCAAUCUAAAUAUAACUUUUCAGUGUGAUCAUCACCAUUUGCUUGUCGCAGGGUCUCGCCAACAUUGAUUGUUUGGCCAUUUGCUUGACAUUCACGAUUGCUCGCCUGAUCUCACCACUCAAAAGGAUCGGGAUACCCACAAGCAAAGAUAAGCUCUGAAGAUUUUCUCACUCCAAAAAUGAUGUCCAACGUGGAUGGUCUACUAGAUUUUUGACUCAAUCACUGAAUUCAAACUUCCAUUCCACUUUUUAUUCUUAUGGAAAGGGCUUCGGUGACUGAGUUGUUGUUAAGUUGGUAUAUUCUUCAAGAGCGUCAGUCUCAAUGGACCAUUGCCCCAUGCUAAGGCCUUCUGACUCCGGCUACAUUGUUGUGGGAUGAGUCAAGUCUUUCCGCUUCGAUUCCUUCAUCACUUGCUUAACUGAGAGUACAUGUGUCCGUCGAAGCUCUCUUCGAAAGUGUCACCAUGCAUGGAGAGUCACCGUCUCAUCUUUUGAUGUUUUUCAUGGAAAUUCCAAGGUCUAGAAAAUUAUAAGUGUCUCAUCUUUGAUGAUUUUCAUGGAAUUCAACAAAUGGUUAAGCAGGGACAUCCUUCAUUGUUAUGUGCCAUGCUCUUGUGCUCACAAAUAAGCAUUUCCUGCUGACAUAGAGUUUCAUCAUUUUGUUUUGAUUUAUACCGAUACAAAUGUUGCAAGUAACAGAGUGCUUUUCUCUUCUUUCGAGGACAUACAAAGAGGCAUCUUUUGUCCUCUGGAUGGAGUCUGUUUGUGGGUGCGAAAAGGCUUUAAGCUGGUGAUUCUGUAUUGUUUAUCAGCAAGCAGGAACCCAUUCACUGUGUACUAUAAUCCUAGGUACAUUGUUUUGCUUUUGUUCGAUCUCCACGUUUUAAAAUGUGGAGAAAGCUAUUGAUUUUCAAGUGUUAAGUGCAAAAGGAUCAUUUCGGUCGGUGCCUUGACCACAGUCUUUGACAUUUUUAAGGACGGUAGAGUUGAAGAUGCUUAGCAGUUUUUAUUUCAAUCUGAAGAAAAUGGAGUUCCUGUGGAUAUAUUUGUUUACUCUCUUGUGGUGGAUGGACUUUUCAAGUCAGGUUAUCUCGAAAGAGCUCUACAUCUCUGUGGAAGCAUGAAAAAGAAAGGGAUUUACCCAAAUGUUGUCAUCUACAAUUCCGUAAUCAAUGGUUUGUGCCAGCAAGGAUGUCUAAAUGAAGCAUUCAACAGUUGUUGGUGCUUUGUCUACGGAAGGUUUCCUGGAUGAUUCAUGCCAAUUAUUUAAAAGGAUGAUCAUUAAGGGUAUUAUCAGUUUAUAACAAACUGAUAAGUUGGCAUAGCAGCUGUGGAUUGGUUGAAGAAGCCUUGGAUCUCAUCUCAAAUUUGGAAAAGAAUUGUUUGAAUUCAGAUGGGUAUACAAUUGCUGCUAUCCUAAAUGAGUUUUGUGAAGGUGCCCUAGUUUUCUUUAUUGACUACAAAAGCAGAGGAUGUUUUCCAGAUUUCUUGGGUUUCAUGAAUCUCAUGGUGGGACUUUUUGCAAAAGGAAGGAUGGAGGAAGCAAGGAGCAUUUUGAGGGACAUGCUAAAGUGUGCUGAAACUGUAGAUCUGAUAAAUAAUGCUGGAGAUGAGUUUCAUGUGGAGUCAGUCUCAUAUCUCUUGCAUGUGAGCAAGGAAGAAUCAAGGAAGUCAUACUUGUUCUUAAUGAAAUUGGUUAUUUGUCUAUAUCUUCCUCAAGAUCUAACAUUGGUAGAGUGUUUCUGAAACUAAAGGAGCUGCAUGGUUCAGGUGUUUCAGAUACAGAAAACAAGAUUAGAUGGAAGAGGUGUUCAUCGUCUACUGGUAGCUCAUGUUCAUAGGACUAUAUAAAAGAUGGAGAUAGUGACAAGGAUAUUAAUGGAUGUUUCAUGGGAAAACCACUAGGCUAUGACUUUGCAACCUACCAUUCCAUCAUUCCAUUGUUAUGUCAGCGAGGGGACCUGCAGAAGGCUAACGAAGCAGCAAGAACAAUUCUUCAAAAUCUACAGAAAGUCUCCUAUCACUCCAUCACAACUCUUUGAGUGAGUUUUGUGAGGGACUGGAUAAUGUUCAAGUAUGU